GCCGUAGCGCAGCCCCCGGGCGGCGGCCACCUGCACCCCUUCGGGAGCGGCGCCGACGGCGAGGGCCCCGAGGAGGAGGUGGAAGUGUACGAGCUGCGGCCGCGAGGCAGGGAGAAGGUCCGGAGAAGCACGUCUAGGGACCGGCUGGAUGAUAUUGUUUUAUUAACAAAGGAUAUACAAGAAGGGGACACUUUAAACGCGAUUGCGCUUCAGUAUUGUUGCUCAGUUGCAGAUAUCAAGAGGGUUAACAAUCUUAUCAAUGAUCAAGAUUUUUUUGCCCUGAGGUCUAUCAAAAUUCCAGUUAAAAAGUUCAGUGUAUUAACUGAAACGCAUGUGUCUCCAAAAGGAAGACCAGUUCUACGGCCGGCUCACUGUUCCCCGGAAGUGCAGGAAACAUCGCCUUCUGAUAAAUUCUCUGCUAAUGAGACUGCUGGCAACUUCUUAAAAGAAGUAGAUCGUGAUAUAGAACAAAUAGUGAAGUGUAAUGAUACGAAGAGGGAGAACCUUAAUGAAGUUGUUUCGGCCUUAGCAGCCCAACAGAUCUGUUUUGAAACUGAUGGUAAAACUAAAAAAUGCAAAGAUCCUUACUAUGGAGCAGACUGGGGUAUAGGAUGGUGGACAGCUGUAGUGAUUAUGCUGGUUAUUGGCAUAGUAACUCCAGUUUUUUAUCUUCUGUAUUAUGAAGUUUUAGUGAAAGCAGAUGUAAGUCACCAUUCUACAAUGGAAUCUUCCCAUUCAGGUGUCACAGCACCAUCACAUCAGAAACAAAUAGAAAAUGGAAUAAAUCCAGCAAAUAUUAUAAAUGUUAAUCAUGGAUAUAGAGAUGAUCAAGGAGAGCUUCAGCAUUACAACCAAAAGCCCCAGACAAUUGUUAUUCAUAGACACAAAACAUAGCAUUAGAUGAAGAGGAAACCACAGAAGGCAAAGUGCAUUUGGAAUGCAGGAAAAGUAUUUUACGGAUGUAUGAUUUGUCUUUAUGGGCAGUGUUUCAUUAUAUGGAUGUUCGUGUGGCUCAUGUAAUCUCUGAAUAUGCCUGAGGUUAGAGGAUUUUAAUGAAAAAUUGGGAUACAUGUUAAGGUAUAAAAUGGUCUCUGAAGCUUUGCACUCUUUUCUGUUUUGAUAAGCUUAGGUUUUCUAAUUAAUGACAGUGUGAGAAAAUGUUUUUUGAACUAACAUAAAAGAAAUCUCACUGUACCUUUUACAAUCCUAAAAUGGGUAUUUGAGGAUGUCUAACUUUUAAAUGUGUUCAAGUAUUUAUAUGGUGCAUAGUACACUUGACAUCUUAAGAUCAAGUUUACAGUUAUCUGUUAAAACUGCGUUCUCAUUUUAUCUUACUCUAUAAGAAAUAGGAUGAAACAAUCAUUCUAUAAUUAUCUACCACUAUAAAGUCCCCUUUCUGUUAAAAGUGAUUUUUUUAUAGAGAGAGGAGCUAAUACUUAAACUGUGGUCUUUCAGUUUUCUGCCUGUGGUCAGCCCCUUCUUUAAUACUUUUCAGUACAGGUGAUAAGGUAAUUUGAUAACUGUCUGUGAUACUGUGCCUCAACCCAACCCAGUCCAGUUGAGACAGUCUUAUGGAAAGCUCACAACCUGCUCCAUGGUAUCCAUCUAUUGAAAACUGACUUGACUGGGCUCUACUUUUCUUCUGGUCAGCUGUAUGUAAAAUGAAAUAAGUGAAGAUGCAUGGCACCUUGUUCUGACUGCUUCAUUAGUCUUUUUUUAUGCUAAUGGAAUUUUCUUUCUCUCCAGCUGAUCUCAGUUCAGGAGCAACUGAUUUUUCAGACAUCAGUCAUCUCGGGUUCUGAAUAUGCUAAUUGUUAUGCACCCCUGAAGCCCAAACACCACUUUUUCCUCCUCCAAAACCUCAAAUGAAAUUGAACGGCUGCUAGCCAGAAACUUAAAUUGCAGCAGAAUACAGCAGUUGCUGCUUCAAAUUGUUCUUUAGUUAGUAUCUGUCAAACACUGUCCUUGAAUGUUUCACUUUGGGGUUUCAUGAGUAAAUUUGUUUCCCCUUUCCCCUCCCCCCCCUUUUCCCUUCUUGGAAAUGCUACAGUAUUAAAAGAAAAAGCAAACUGGACUUCUAUAGAAAGAACAACUAGAUGCUGCCUAUAAUCUUUUAUUUGCCUUGUGGAAUAAAAUUUCCAUUGUCCUGUUCAAAGUACUGUUUAUUUCAAAGUUAACUGACUUAAGACUUGGAAAGGAAGAAUAUCAAUCCUUUAUAAAUAUAACUCUGCUAUAAACUCUCCAAGUGUCUUGACCGAGUAGACAGUAUAAAAAUACCUGAUAAGGUGAAUUUCUUAAAUGCUGGAGAUACUCCAAAGUGCUUCAUCAACUUAAAAUUUGAAAGUAAGACUCUUCCCCUGCCCCUGGCAAAUAUUCUUCAUUGGCAUGCUGAGCAAGUAGGUAUAUGAACAUGAAUUUGGUAAUUUUUGAUGUACUGAAACUGAAGCAGAUCAAAAGCUUGAAGGGAAAUGAUGUACAGUUGGAUCUAUGAACCAUUAUUUGUUGCUGUUGAACCCUUUGAUCAAAGUGGUAUUCCUGGAGAUAGCAUAACUGCUUGUAGUUUCUAUGCUAGAAGAGGGAUUCUGGAUGGGUGUGAACUUUGUUUCAUACCACUUUUUUCAAAAAAAAAGAGUAUUCUUUCCAUGAAAAGAAUAUUCUAAUACAAACAUGAAUGUUGAAAUACCCAUUCUUCUCGAGGCUGUAUGAGAAAACAUUGCAAAAUUUAUGGUGGCUAUUGUGAUACAGCUUCUAUGACUAAAACUUUAAAAGAUGUGAACUUCGGGAACUUGUGACUUGCUGCAACCCAAACAGACCUUUGGUAUGUUAAGAGAAGUGUUUUCUAUGUAGGGCUGGAACUGUGGACAUAAUCUGUAACUUUUUGUGCUCAAGCUUAUUUGCUGUUUUCUUUCUCCUUUAUUCUCUUAGCCUGCUUCUGAAAUCUUAUAAAGCUUCUAAUACUUUAUCCUUCCCUUUCCUAUAAAAUUGUUGAUGACAUGAAAUUAGGCUUAUGCUGCAUAUUCAAGCUAGCUAAUUUACCGCACAUACCUGAGCGGGCAAGUAUUGCAUUGCCACCAAUUUGGAAAUGAACUUAACUUCAGUUGUGGUUUGAUUCUGUCAGCCCCCUAACCUGCUAAUAUGCAAGUAAAGAGAUCCUUUGUUAACUACUGCUUUUUGUCCUGUGGUGUUACAACUGACUAGUUCUUUAGUGUGUCUCAGGCUUUGGGUUUUUUGUGUACUAAGAGAAGGCCUGAGGCUUAUUGUCAGUGAGUUGUUGUAAAGCCUGAUGGACCUUACAUACUUUAUGGCAAACAGCUAGUAGAAAACUACAAAGGGAAAACUGUUUUGUUUAAUCAUAUUAUACUCUGAUCAGGAGUCUAGCAUGUUUUUAUUAUGUAGCAUAUUUUACAUAGCCUGUUUUUGAAAGCAGUAAGUUAACUUUAUCAGAAAAUACAGUAAAUCUCUUUGCAAGAUUAUGGGACUUCUGGUUACAGUAACUCAAGCAUCAGCUGCCUUUGCUUUGUGGAGGAUGCAGGGACCUUCAUUGUCUUUUUCAGACCUCCCAACUGGCAUCAUCAUCUGUCAGCUCUGAAUAAACUGCUCUAUAUGGAACUAAAGUUUGAUUUAGUAAGUGAAUUCUAAAGUCUUUUAGAAACUGACUUGUGGGAAAAAAAAAGAAAAAGGUGAACUGUUUUAGAUUAAUUACAACACAUUGUUGGACAGAAGUUGGUUUUAAAUUUAAGUGCAUAUUGCACUGUUGGAUCAUGUAAAAAUGUAAAUGCUUAAAUCUAUAUUUUGGAGUAUAUUGUCAAAUAGUCUUUGUAUAACUGUUUUAUAAAGAUUCAAAAUGUAACUUUGUAGAGUAAUCCUGAAUGGGGAUGCAAGUCUUAUUUAAAAUACUUCUGCUCCUCUGCUUUUAGAAGAACAUAAUAUACAUAAAAUAAAAUCUUUAUUUUAGACUGCGGUGAAUGUGGUACAUAUAAUGUAUUCUUAGCUUCUAUAGAUAUUGUAUUGUAGGAUAGGAGGUCACAUGCUUGUUUGUGUUGGCUAGUCUUUACGUAUGUUAUAAACAAACUUCUUGGCCAAUGCUUCCUGCCAACAAGCAUUUUGUUGGCAGAAGAUGCGUAUAGCAUUCACAGCUGGUAUACUGUAACUGCAGGCUUAACAGUUUAUCCUUUGCAUUCUUUACAUAAUGUGGAACUCGUAGAAAAUUCUGAGAACUUGUUAGUUCUGUGAAAUGAAUAUUAAGAAAUAGGCAGGAAAAGGGAGUUACUAGUGAAGUUCUUAGAUGGUGAUCUCCCUACACACUGGAAGCAGUUGCCUUUUCCUCUCAAUACUAGGCAGUUUUUCUCUUCUCUGCUAUUAAGAUAGGAUUUGAGUUUGCUGAGACCCUUUGGACAACUUAGUUUUAUCAGCAUUAUUGUCUUAAACUAAGCAACUAGAAAUGUCAGCUUAUAGAAACUGCUAUAAGUGUUGUGUUCUGAACACCAGUCUGAUUUUUCCAGAAAUGAAUUGGCACAAAUAGAGCUGUUUCAUUGUAGAAUUGGACUUGUUCUUAGUCUUUGGCAUUAUUUGCCAUUGUUAAACUAGUCUUAAAAGGCUUGUACUGAGAUUUUUGUGGUUUCCUCUGGAGGAUAAGAGUGACCGUAGCUCACUUUCUAAAGGACUCAAAAACAUGGUAUUUGCCAGAGUAAUAUUUCUCAAUGAGGCAAGGAGGAAAUUAACUGUAGGAGGGAAUUAAUUCUUUGCUAUUAGCUGUAUGAUGACUGAAGAAAGUUGUCCUACAGAAUUAGCGUCAGCUACAAAAUAUAGUAUGGCUUGCCAUAGCUUGUCACCAAAUUGUAACUGGCACAGUAUCACCUUUUUGCUGUUAUUCUAUAGUUAUGUCUUCAGCAAAAGAAUGCCCUCUAUUUGCAUUCCUUGUGUGAGAGGUAGGGAUUUUUUCAGUGUUUCCCUUGUUACAGUAGUGAACAGCUAGAGGCUUCUGCUAACUCUACUUAAAGGCAAACAAAAUAAGC